AUGGUUAGUUUCUCUAAGUCUAAUAAGAAGUCAACUUCAAAGAAAAGUGCAAGAUCCAACAAAUCAAAGCCAAAGCCUGAGAAGGUUCAAAAAUUUCAAGAAGACAAAGAAACAAGUAAGUUAACUGAAGUUGAAAUUUCUGAAGUCGUUGGAGCUAUGCCUGAGAAAGUUGAGAAGCAAUCCAAAAAGUCCCAAAAAUCUAAGAAAUCUAAGAAAUCAAAAGCUGUUAGUGAUGAGGAAUCUUCUUCUGAUGACGAGGAUGAUGCACAAACUAUGAAAGAUACAAUGGAAGCUUUAUCCAAGGAUGAUCCUGAUUUUUUCAAAUAUUUAAAGGAAAAUGAUGGCGAUCUAUUAAAGUUUGAAAGCGUAAACCCGCUAGAUGCAAUUAGUGAUUCCGAAUCUGAUGAUCAAGAUAAACAAGCUGAUAAUACCAAGGAAUCGGAAGAAGAAGUAGAAGAAGUGAACACAGAAGAAAUAUCCUCUAAGGUAGAUUUAACUGUAAAAUUAGUCAAUGAAUGGAGAGAAUCUUUAACAGAAAAACCUACAUUGAAGAUAAUCAAGGAAGUAAUCAUUGCUUUCAAGGUUGCUGUCCAUUUAAAUGAUGACGAAAAAGUCGAGGAAUUCAAAUAUACCGUUACUGAUGAAAAGGCCUUCGAAGAAUUGAUGUUUUUAACUUUAAAAGAGUUACCAAUUUUUGUACAAAAGAUGGCCCCAUACACAAUAAAAAAUGAAACAAGAAUUCUAGAACCAAGUAAUGAUGUUAAAAGAUUAUCUAUUCUAUUAAAAUCUCAUGCUACCUCUUUAUUGAUUCUGUUAAAUGAUGUUACCAAUACAUCUAAUGCUGCAUUAGUCUUGUUUUCUGUUGAUAAGUUUUUACCAUACUAUUUACCUUACAGAAAAUUAUUAAAGAAAAUCAUUUUAGCUAUUGUCGACAUUUGGUCUACUACUAGAGAUGUUGAAACGCAAAUUGCUACAUUCGCAUUCUUAUUUAGCGCAGCUAAGGAAUUCAAAAAAUCUGUUUUAGAUUUAUUGUUAAAGACUACCUAUUCUACUUUUAUUAAAUACUGUCGUUCCACCAAUAUGCGUUCUAUGCCAUUAAUUAACUUUCAAAAGAAUUCUGCUGCUGAAUUAUUUGCUUUAGACCCUAAUUUAAGUUAUCAAGUUGCAUUCGAAUAUAUCAGACAAUUGGCUAUUAAUCUAAGAAAUGCUAUGACUGCCAUGACUAAGAAAACAUCUAGAUCCAAUUCAGCCGAAGCUUAUAAGUCCAUUUACAAUUGGCAAUAUUGCCAUUCUUUGGACUUCUGGUCUCGUGUUUUAUCACUAUCAUGCAAUCAUAGUUUGGGUAGCUCUAAACAAGCUAACCCAUUAAAGGAGUUGAUUUAUCCUUUAACUCAAGUCACCAUUGGUGUUAUUAAAUUAAAUCCUACUCCUCAAUAUAUGCCAUUAAGAUUUUAUUUAAUCAGAUCUUUGAUUAGAUUAUCACAGAACACCGGUACCAUGAUUCCAAUUUAUCCAUUAUUAACAGAGGUACUAAACACAACUGCAUUUACUAAGAAACCAAAGAAGAAAGAAAAUUUACCGGCUUUUGAUUUCGAAUUUAACAUUAAAUGUAACCAAGCAUAUUUGGGUACAAGAGCUUACCAAAACGGUUUAGGUGGAGAAUUUAUUGAUAUUCUAGGUGAAUAUCUUGUUUUAUAUUCUAAAAGUAUAUCUUUCCCAGAAUUUGUGACACCAAUAGCAAUUGGUCUACGUCGUUAUCUGAAGACGAAUAAGACAAAUUUUAUUUUCAAUAAAGCAUUAGCUAAUUUACUUGACAAAAUAAAAGCAAAUGUUACAUAUAUUGAGAAGCGAAGGUCAACUGCAGAUUUCAGUGUCAGUGAAGUCAAUGAAGUUGCUAAUUUCUUAAAUGAAGUUUCCUGGGAAAAUACUCCACUAGGGUCUUACAUUGUCAUUCAAAGAGAAAUAAAAGAAGAGAAAUCCAGAUUACAAAGGGAAAGUUUAGAAGACGCAGACAAGGAUCAACUUGAAAAAGACAUUGAAAACGUUCAAAAGAUGUUGGGGGAUGAUAACGAUGAAGACGAUGCAGUUGAUAUCGAGUUAUCAGAUUAA